AUUCUCAAUCAGUUGCACAUAGCAUUUCGCGUCGGUCAGGCUUCACGACCCCUUGAGCAAUCCAACGACCGUAUUGCCAACAAAAAACGUGCUGAAAUCGCGUUUCCGACUCGAGAAAUAGCGUUAACAUCAAGAUUAAUACGUAGAUAAGAUUCAUCGUUUAGGUGUGAGUGAAAAUUCUGAAAUUAGAAAAAGUUAAAACCGUCUGUGAUUGACAACUUUACCGCAAGUGCAAUGAAAAUUAAAUCGAACUGAGCUUUUAUUGGUGGUUUGUGGGUUCCGAGCUGUGCAGCUGAGGUAUAGAGAUGUCGACUAAAUCAAGAAGAAAACGACACAGUCUGCUAUGACUACAAGCAGGCGGUACAAGAAAGCUGACUCCACAAUAUGAUAAAGCGCGGUGCAAUGGCAGUACGGUGAUGGCGGAUGGCGGCGCGGGCGCGGAGGCGGAGGCGGGGGCGGGCGAGUGCGCGGCGCGGGGGGCGGCGCUCGAGCGGGCGUACGUGCACGAUGUGUAUGAGCAAGCUGGGGAGGACGGAGACGAGGGCCCCAGGGCUCCGGCCCCGGGCGUGCGCACCUUCUUGUCCGGACUCGAGCCUGGCAGCCUCGUUUGCGAUGUUGGUUGCGGCAACGGCAAAUACUUGAGUGUGAAUCCGUCCGUGUUCUCCGUGGGCGGCGACCGCUGCUCGCGACUGGCCACCACCGCCCGACAUCACAACAAUGAGGUGGUGGUAUGCGACAACCUCUGCUUGCCGUUUCGGGAUGAAUCGUUCGACGCAGUGUUGUCCAUUGCCGUGGUACAUCACUUCGCGACCGUGGAGCGACGGGCGAUGGCGCUGCGCGAGCUGGCGCGUGUCACCAGGAUCGGGGGACGUCUCCUGCUCACAGUGUGGGCCAUGGAACACGAGGGCAGAAACUUCCACUCACAGGACGUAUUGAUCCCAUGGCAUCGGCCCGCAACGCUGUGCCCGCCCACGCAAACCCCGAGGUUCCUAUCUGUCGAUAACGAUCAAUACGCCGAGCCAUGGAAGAGCCGAGACGGGUCACCGGGUUCAUCAUCGUUGUCAUCGCCCAACGAAACAUGCUACUCUUUCGUGCGACGAGCGCUGCAGCGGCUGGCGGGGCGACGGUCCUUCCUCCCCUCCUGGAGCAUGAGCUCCCGAAUGCCCCCCCGCCCCUGCACGCGGCCAGAACCACCAGCUGCUGAUCUACCCAUCGAACUUCGUCGACUAGACGAAGCUCUCCCACCCAGAUUGGUCACCCAGCAAUCAGAAUCAUCCACUAUGAAAUCCCAAAGUCUAACUGACAUAGCUGACGUUGAUCGCCGCGCAUUAAUAAGAUCACGAUCGAGCCUCCCCAGUCUCGUAAUUGAUGAAAACACAAAACCGCAUGAAAACCACACUGUCCCUGAAUAUAAUGAGCCAAGGAAGAAACCACGACUCGUUAAACAAAAGAAAUCUAUAAACGAAGACGACGCUGACGAAGACCUCGACAAACCUACAGACAUGAAAAGUUUAGUCGAAGAAAUGCCUAAUUUCAAAAUUCACACACAUAGACUUCAAUCCAAAAAACCUGGGGUUUUCAAGCAAACAUCACUCAAUGAGGAACUGAUGUCCGUUGAGCGAUUAAGAGAAAAGGAACGUUUAAGAAAAAAUAUACAAAAGCAGGCGUCAUUGAACGAAGAAUACCUCUAUCGAAGGCCUGGGGCUUUAGAUUCGAUCCGCGACUCAAUAUUUUCUACGUCAGCAACAACGGCUAAGAAAUUCCAAUCACUUAAAAAUGGCCUCACUAGUAAAUUUAAAACGUCUACAACGAAUAUAGAUAAAGUAACAGUGUUCGUAAGGAUGCUACAAGGUUGGAAGAAUCACGGACCGGUCCCUGAAGUUCCUACGCCAAACGAUAAUAAUACCGCUACUGAAAAAACGUAUCCUGAAAGACGACAUUCUAGAGAAGAUGGUUCUGAUUCAUCGAAAGAUAGCAGUCUGCAAAGCGACACUAGUGUCGAUUCUGAAGACAGCUUUGCUUCUGUUAUAUUUGUUCCCAAAGCAGACGGUUCAGGAGACCCUUUAUCCCCAACACCUCUUUCACCAGGUCCUACGUCACCAAGGCUGAAAGUAUCAUCUGUACCGACUUCACCGAGAAUGAAAAGUUCACCAGGCCUUCCAUCUCCGAGGAUAAAACAAGCAUUCCCUCUCAUUCGUCCGCCUGCUUCACCAAAUAGUGUACAACCACCAAGUUCUGUAAACAAAAUACUAGUAGCCCAGUACAGCUUAAAGAAUUAUUCAACAAACACAGUCUGUGCAGUGCCUCUUAAACCUCAAUCAAAAAGCCAACCUAACUCUCCACCUAAAUCAGAAUCUGAAGAUUGCAAUAUCAAGCCAGAAUUACAACAUAUAAUAAAUAGAGAUAUUUGUAUGGAAGUUUUCGAAGAAAUAGAUCCAAUACCACCUAUUCAGGAAGAAGAGGAAACUCCCAGUGAAAUAACCAAAGAACUAAUUGCAGAAAUCAAUAAAGAUAUAGAAGAAAUACAUAAGCUAACUGCAGAAACAAAUCAGUUGAAGCCAAGAGUAGUUUUACAAGAUGUCAAACCUUAUCCUAAAAUAACAUUACAAACAGUGGCAGAAUUACCCGAAAUACCACAGUUUAAACCCAAAGAACCAAGCAAAUCUCCUACAACAGAUACACUGGAUUCUACAAGAGCUGUAGAUAAAAAGAGGAAAGAAAGAAUCCGGCAAAUCAAGGAAAUGUUGAAUAAGGGUAUACCCUCUGUUAAUGUUAACCGAAGGCCAUCGUUUCCUAUAGUGCGUGCUAAUAAAACUGAACCAAUAGCUAAAAGUCGUCCUACAUUGAUGGCAUUGGAACUGUUCAAUCCAGCUACGGAUGAUAUGGACAGUGACUCCAGCGGAGUAUCAUCGCCAGACUCUGUCGACAGUGUUAUCAGCGUAGUACCCGAUGAACUUCGCAAGACAGCUGUGGAAAAAGAUCAAGUGACUCCAGCUGUGGCAGAAACAAAGAAAGAGGAGACAAUAACUAAAGAAAAAUCACCGUCAGUUUCACCAGCUCCACAAACCAUAAUUUCCGCUGCUGCUGAAGUGGCACAUUCACUGGACGAGACCUGCGAAACUGUGAUACAAUCAAGUCCACGAUCCAAAAGACGACAUCUUGAUAAAAUCGAAAGUGCUGACGCCAUGACAAUCAUUCAAGGAGCCUCCAGCAGUAGCAGCAGUAGCAAUUGGAGCUUAAACAAACUAUCUCCAGGCGACUUAAGGAUCUUGGAAGACAAAUCGAGGUCUCAGUCUCAUACCAGUUCUAGUGGGAGCUCGUCAAGUCUUGAACGCCUCUCUCCUGGCAGGAGGUCCAAAGAUAGAUCACCAAAACUGGGCAGUACAAGUAAUUCUACAUGGAGCCUCAAUAGAUUGUCCCCAAAUAGACCGGAAGGAAGAUCACUAGAUGAAAAUUUAAGUAAAAGCCAUAGAAGUCCAACUCGACUACAGUAUGAUUCUAUUUCAAUAUCCAGUACAGAUUCAGAAAAAUCUAUCACUAAAUCAGAUAGUUUUAAUAGGAUACAAAAUGAACCUUUAAUAACGUGUAAAUCAGAUAUGUUAGCAAAAGAAGAAGAUUGGGUGCCUGACCAACCAGAUCGAAAUCAACAUUUAACAGAAUUUGCUGAAAAGCUAAGUGAGAAAUUAUUACAAGAAAUCGAUCAAUACUCAAAGAGAAUAAACGAAGAAGAUUUUGAUUUGCCUAGCAGUAGUAGUAGUGAAAAGAGUAUAUCACUUAGAUUGAAACGGGAAGAGGAAGAUAGAAAUACGCAAAAAAUAUUGGAUGAACUUUCAGAUAGCUUGCAACACUUAGAAGAUCCAUACAUAAAUAAAUUAAAUGCAGAAAUGAAAGGUCUAAAUAAGCUGAUGGGUGCAGAUAUACACGAGAAGGCUAAAUAUGUAGCUUCAAUUAACGAUUCACAAGAGACUGAUAUUAACAAAUUGUUUCCUAAAUGUGGCACUAAGACAAAGAGCAAAAAGAGAUCGAAAGACGUGGACCCUAUUAUUAACAAAUAUAGGGAAUUGAAAAAGACAAUGAAAGUAACAAGCGACGAGGACUUAUACCUCAACAACUGUGCCAACCAUGUAAAACCAGUUACAGAUGAAAAAUUACCAGACACAGAAUCAAAAAAUCCGGACGACGAUAGUGCUAUAUGUUCCAGCAAUGGAAAUCCUGAGAUAACUAUAGAUUCCGGUGCAUACGAUACGAGUCAAUCCCUUGAAACUGGCUAUUCCUUAGAAUCUGAAAUCAGCGUGGACUCAUUAUGUACAAGCACCGAUAAAAGAUCAUCCCUGAAGGUGGGGCAGUCUACUGACUCUAGUGAUUUGGACAAAAUGGAAAUAAGUCCAGAAUCGAUAACAUCUCGAUCGAGUGCGAGCACCGCACCACUGAAGUCUGGCUUUUCAAUAGAGUCGAGUGAUACUUCAGCCGGGAGCGACUGGAGUCGACGCGACAAAACUGGAAGCACCGCGUCUUUGGGCUGCGCUAGUCUCGCGUCACUGCCCUCGUGUAGCGACUGUUCCAAGGACAGGAAGCUGCUGGAGAUGAGGUCGUCAUCCGAGGACGCGGCCGCCGCCCCCGCCGCCCCCGCGCGCGCCCCGCCCCACGCCCCUCUCCUGCCCUCGCUCAGUGACGGCUCGGACAGCCUGCCCUCGGAAGGAGGAGCGGUCACCUACCACAGAUAUUACCACGUCUUCAAACGAGGAGAGCUCGAUCAACUGAUCGAGCAAUACGUGGAAAGCCUUCACGUUGUAUCUUCAUAUUACGACCAGGCCAGUUGGUGUGUUGUUGCAGAAAAAGUACAAGUGUGGACCAUUUAGAUUUUUACUUCGAAACGGAAUUUUGAUAAGCGUGAUGCUGGCCUGCUCUUGCGCAGAGCUAAUUAAAUCUUAUAAAAUAGUGAACAUUAUAACGAAUGUUGAACUUUGAACAGUACUUUAGUGCAGUGAUUACAUCCAAGUGACCUUCCUAACUCUUAGGCCUAGCGCAUGGUGAAUGGACGCCACGACAAAGGAUCUUUGGGCAUAUUUUACUUUAUACAGCUUAUCUACUCUGUAAAUAUUUCUGUACUAAUGGGAUUAUUAAAGCUGUUCGUUCAAUGUACAAAAUAUGUAUCCCAAAUUCUUUGGCGAGGUUUGGCCAUCAGUGUUCGCGUGACCAUAUAGUGAGUGUAAGGACAUAUUCAUGAAAACCGAUCUUAUAAAACCCUACGAGAAUUGCCAAAAGCGUAGCUUUUGUUUUAAAUAAUAUUCUAGUUCACUAUACUGGUUUACUAAUUAUUAUAUCUCUAAUAUAUCUUUGUUGCCCAAAACGCAGCAUCAUAGACACUAUUCAAAAUCAAAAUAAUCAAGUGAAGAAAUUUUUUUUCGGAUGCCGUUGCGGUAUUAAUUUAAGUCCAGUUGGAUUAAUAAAAAAAAAUGUAAAUUAUUAAUAUUUUUUAGCUAACCACAAAUAUUAUUGAUUACCUAAUAAGGGCCGAAAAAAAAUUUUGCUGAAAAUACCAGUCAUUAUGAAAAUUAGUGUUGUAUUUUUUAAUUGACCUAUUAGCUGCGUCAUACUAAGGGCAUUAGUGUUCUGUGCGAGAACUCGCGUCAAAUGAAAAUUAAGAGCUUUAAAUAGUGAAAAUUAAAUAUAUUAUACACUUGAGUGGCUCAAUAUAACAUAAGCUAUUCGUAGCUUGUGUAUAACUUAAAUCAUGUAUACCCACCGAUGAUAUUCUCUUGUUAUUGUAAACUAAAUAUAUCUAUACCAUACUUCAAAACCAAAAAUUGUAUCACUAUUUUGAAAUUUUAAUUAUUAAAGUUAUCAUCUUAUACAGUAUAAUUAUAAUAGAAAUUAUUCUAUCUAAGACAAUAAAGAGAUUAGGAAACUGUUUGCAUAGUCUAUUAUAUAUUCUUAAAUUAUAAUAUUUGCUUUAGGUUUGUAUUUAUUAUAAAAAUAACAUAGACAUAUGAAUAUUAUGUACUACAUCUAUUACUUAACUAUAUAUUUUUGGUUUUGGAACAUGGUUUACAAAUUAUGUCUAAAAUUGUUACUUAUACUUCGAAAACAAAAUGAAUUAAGUAUAUUAUAAUAUAACGAGCUGGCCUCUCAUACAAAAGGAAUAUGUAUAAAUUUUGCAUGGGUCCAUUAUCACAUUGUUUCAUUACUCAUGUUUUUCUGCGUUAUAUUUUAUGUACUCAUACUAAAUUUGGACCAUUUAGUAAGGAUAGAGUGUUAGUGGUGGUAGAAUGAUGGUGAUCGUCUCCUUGCCUACAUGUCGCCACUUGAAAGUACAAAUACAUGCAUAAAUCAACUUGUUCAAUACUAUGUACUUAGUACUAUUAAAAGUUUACGCCUUAGGAAGGUAAAUAACCAAUUUUCUUCCGACUUCGGAUGUGUAGGGCAUGUAUAAUGUACCCCAUUAGAAUUCAUUUUUAUACAUAAAAUUCUUUUAUAAAACUAAUUUUCGUCAUACAUACUAGUAAUUUAUCGACAAAAUCGAUUUAUUAUAAGUGAAAAUAACGAAUUUUAAAUUUCAUUUUUAUUGACGUAUUAGUUAAUGGUAAGUAACUUAGGUAAGUUAAUUGAGACUAUUUUAAACGUUACAGUAACUUAAUAAUAAAGUAAGUACAUUUAUUCAUAUUCAUCACACAUUAACAGGAUUAUAGUAAGUUUUGAUGAACAAUAAAUAAAUUUGCUUAUGCGGUAAAAUAGAUUAACGUUGACAGAAGUAUUCGGUAUCAUAUUGUAAAUAAUCGCUAUAAGUAUAUAAAGCUAUUAGAAUUUAAUUAUGUUAUCAAAAUCAGUGAGAUUAAAAUUAAUAUAUUAGUGUAGUAAUCAUGAAACACAUGCUGUAAAUUUAAUAUUGUCUGCUAUAUGUAUAAGAAUCUCAUAUAUUAUGAUAUAAGAUAAUAUUAAGUAUACAGACUACGCAUAGUUCUUGCAUUGUCAUUAGGAUUAUACGCAAUUAGUAAAUACUAAAUCGAAAAGUAGAAACUAGGAGAAACAUAUAAAUAUGCACAACCGUUCGAUCUAGUCUACAGAUGUCAGAUUUAAAGUUCAGUAAAAUAGGUGAGAAAAUCAAAUCGCAAAUAAAUAUUCUUUGAAUGAAGAAACACAAACGCGGCGCCAGUCGCUGACUACAAGGAUAGUUCUACAAAU